UCGAUUUUCAAAACGUGACCACAUGGAAAGCAAACGACAUCUUGAACGAUCUAUCAUCAUCUUGUCGGCAAUUUGAGAAAAUAAGACAAUUAUUUAUUUAUUUUAGGGGUAUCAGGAUAACAAUGUUGGUUGUUUGAGUAGUGCUUGGAAUGUGUUCGAUGAAAUGUACAAGUGAAGAAUUUGAUCAUGUAGGUGUUUGGUUAAAAGACAAUAUGGUGAGAGUUUUUAAAGUAAAACCAAAUGCUUUUAGGGCUAUAUAAUGUGAAUGAUUUGAGUUUGGUUGUUAAGCUUGAAGAUGAGAUGUUGAAACCUAUAAUUAGUUCACUUUUCAAGGUCAGUUGCAAGGAAGAUGCUAUUGGAUCUUUAGAGGAAAUGCUAGAAAAAGGGUAUAAUCCUGAUUGUAUAGUUAUUUUAUUGUGCAAUGAUAUGUGGGUUUUGCUAUGCUGUUUAAAGUGCGAUGACAGAGAAGAGGUGUAAAUCAGAUGUUAUUAGACCUAGUUAUAAUGUACUUACUGGAGUUUUUUGCAGGGAGAGAAAAUUGAUGGAAACAAAUGAAUAAUUUGGAGAUACGCCGAGACAGAAUUGUGCUUCUGAUGUGAUGAAAUUGUUGGACAUUAUUUGAUCGGCUAUGUUGCAUUUAUUUUAGAUGAGAUGGUUUUCAAAGGUUAUGCCAUUAUUCUGCACGUAUAAUAAAAUUUGUUGAUGAGUUGUAUUGAGGUGGUAAUCUAAAGUUACGGACAGUUCUAAAUAGUUUUGUAGAAGGAAAUUUAAUUGAUGUAGUAGAGUGUUGGUUCCCAUGGCAUACAAUACAAGAAUAAUAAGCUUUUAAAUGCCUUUUAGCUUGUAGAAACCUUGCCAAUGCCAUAAGUGAUGCUCUUCCAAUCAGGUAUUCCAUCCAUGGUUAUUGAUUCGGAAAUUGUUGGUGAUGUGGAGGACCUGCGUGGUAGUGCACAUGAUAUCUCCAAAUCAGACGGGACUUUGUUAUCCAAAUUAAUGUCAGGGUACAGAAGGAUCAUCAGAGUUUUUCCGUGGAUUAAACGAAUUGAUGAUGCAAGGCAAAAGCAUGUGUUUGCAAGAGAGCUGGCAAAAAAACUGAUAGAAGAAGAAAAUGGUUGGACUGAUUACCUAAAUUGCGAAAAUUUUCAUGUUUCUGGAUUGGGCUGCUUUGGAGAAACUUCGUCAUAGAAUAAGAAGAAUAGAGUGGUAGACCCACUUAUCCUAGCAACAAAGCACGGCAUCCAUGAGAUGGUAGAG